CACUACUGGAAUUGGAUUCCAGUACAAAGCAGUAAACGGACUAACUCUCAUAUAGCCAAUCUACUACUACCGAAUGAAGAAGCUCUCACAACCUAAUCAGAUUCUAUUUAUCUCAGGUUGCAACAAAAAUCAAGAAAAGCUUAUUAGACUUCAAUCAAUUCAAUGAAUCAUGCAUCAUUCGAUUAAAACCAAGCAGUAUAAUCAUCCCAAGUCAUUGCAAUCAAAUCCCUAACACAUGGAACUAGGGUUCUUCAUACCCAAGUGAGAGAAGGGUCUACUCCAUAGAGAGAGAGAGAGAGAGAGAAAAACAGAAUACAAAGCAGUCAUACUCAUAACAAUGGGAAGAAUCUGCUCUGGGAUGAUGAUUUUCACUCCUAUGAUGAUCUCCAAGCUCGAUUUGAUGAAACCCAGAGCCAAGAUUGCUUCUAGGAUGUGUUCUUCGCACUUUCUCUAUCUAGGGCUCUGUUUUUGCUUUCAAAAGUCGAUCCCCGUGUUUUUGCUCAAAUUUGCCUUAAAAACCCGACUUUGGGCAAAACACGGUAGAGGGCACGGCCGUGUCCGUGCCCUUUGCCACGUGUUAAAAACACGGCCACACCUUUGGGGAAAACACGGUCGUGCCUAAUGUUGGACACGACCGUGUUUUGAGUCAGUUCCGCCCGUGUUUUGGGCCAGUGUUGGACAAUCUUGGAUCAAGUCUCGGCAGUAAAAACACGGUCUAAGAACACUGUCGUGUUUUGAUUUAGGCGCGCCCGUGCUUUGGCUCCAUCUCGUCCGAAUGACUUUCGAAUGCCCCGAAACUCGUGCUUAGCCUUUACUUGACGUUUGGGACCUGAAAUAUGACAAAGUAGCACAACCCGGCAUAAAAUAGGCCAAAAAUACAUGACUAUGCCCCACAAACGGAUAAGAACUAGGGGUGCAAACAUGUGCAACUACAUCGUUAUCAAGGUGAUACUACUAAAAGUGUUGCAUAUUGCAUAGACAACACUUUCGACACUUUUUACAACACUUUUCAUGUGUUGGCAAAUGCCACUUUUCUUCUUUCGCUCACUUCUCUAUUCCGAUUUAUUUGAGUCUCAAACGAUUGUGUUUCUCCCAUUUCCAGUUGAUUUCGCGUUCUUGAGGAAAACCUAGAUAUGAUAAUGGUUACUUUCUCAGCGGUUUAGGCAACUUCUGGACCUCCGCCAGUCAGUUCAUCGGCUCCCUCAAGCUCAUCGACGCUUCCUCUUCUUGUCGCAUCCUUAUUUCAUCUCGAAUGGCGAUCUCCCGUCUCUUCAACUCGUGACUGCACCACUCUCUGUCGCAAAUUACCAUUCGUGGGUGCGUUCUCUGCGGAGGGGAUUGCAAGCUCGCAACAAACUCUCGCUGAUUGAUGUUUUUGCUUCGAUUCCGUCUCGUGAUGAUCCUCUCUGGAUGACAUGGGAUCGGGCGAAUGUCUUGUUUCUUGGUUGGCUUCAACGUUCUAUCUCGCCUGAGAUAGCAUAGAGUGUUCUUUGGUUUGAUACGCCAGUCAAGGCUUUGGAAGACCUUUGAGAAAGGUUCAACGAAGGGAAUGAAGUUCGUAUCUCAGAUCUCUGUGACGAGAUUUCUUCUCUCAAGCAAGGUACCUUGACUAUAAGUGCUUAUUUCACGAAGUUCAGAAUUCUUUGGGAAGAACUUCUAAUCUUGCGGUCAUUUCCAUCUUGCACUUGCAAUCCUCGUUGUUCUUGCCUUCCUGCGUCUGUGGCUCGUGAGUAUAUGUGUCAUGAUCAAGUGAUUCGUUUCCUCGAAGGCUUAAACGAGAGCUACUGCAAUGUUCGAUCUCGGUUCUUGCUUAUGGAGCCUCUGCCAAGUAUCAACAAGGUUUUUUCAAGUCUGGUACAGUAGGAGAGACAGUCUGGUAGUCUCCACGUUCCUCCUGUUGCUCUGGCUACUCAUGGCCAUGCAACUCUUGCUUCCAGUCGCAGUAACAUACCUCCCAGUCAUGGUGGAUCCUCACAAAACCAAGCGAAUGCUUCUUAGAGCCAUGGUGGAGGAAGAAAACGUCCACUUUGUACUCAUUAUGGUCUUUACGGCCACACUGGAUUGUUGUUACAAACUCCAUGGUUAUCCACCUGGAUACAAGGCACGUAAAAUAGCUCAUGCUGUCACUUCUGAGUUGAAUUCUCCACCAACCACAAAAGAUGCUAUUAGUGAAGAGUCUGUGACCUUAUCACGGGCACAAUACUAGUCUCUUCUCAACCAGACUCAACCUAGGCAUCUACAGUCCACCAGUACUGCCAUGGCUAAUCUUGUCACUACCACUACUCAAGUUGCUCCCUUGUUUUCCAAAGAUGCAUCUACAUCUCAGGCUACUACUUCUCCUUAUGUUCCCACAACUGUGGCAACAGAUCUUAUCAACUCUAAUGAUUCAGGUACUAUUCUAUCAUCUCUCCAAACACCUUUAAAUUCGUUGGUGUGGAUAGUUGAUAGUGGAGCUACGGAUCAUGUAGUUUCUGUGUUAGACUUGUUUCACUCUUAUCAAAUCAUUGAUAAUAUGAAUGUCUCUCUUCCAAAUGGUUUUCGAGUUAAGGUCUCCCACAUAGGAACUCUUUAGUUAACUUCAACUUUGACAUUGUUUGAUGUCUUAUUUAUCCCAGCAUUCAAAUUUAAUCUAAUUACAGUCUCGAAAUUAGUUAAAACUUCCAAUUGUUCCUUAAAGUUUUACACAGACUCUUGCUUAAUACAUGAUCUUUCGUCCCUAGAAACAAUUGGUACAACUAAGCAAGUCUCUAGCCUCUAUCAUCUCCAAAUUCCUCCCACUUUCAAUUCUCACAGCCACUGUAAUGUUUGUUUCAAUACAACUUUGGUUCCUUUUGACUUAUGGCAUUAUAAGCUUGGCCAUACUGCCUUACCUCGGUCAUCUGUUUUUGACUCUUCUGUCAAAUAUCAAUCUACUAAUAAAAAUAAACUGCAUUGUUCUAUAUGUCUUUUGGCAAAACAAAAGAGUCUACCUUUUCCUAAACUGAUUCCCAUUCCCAAUCCGUGUUUGAACGCUUACACAUAGACAUUUGGGGACCUUAUCAGUCUCCCACACUUGAUGGUCAUAAAUAUUUUUUGACUUGUGUUGAUGACUGUCCUCGUCACACGUGGGUUUAUCUCAAGAAAAACAAGAGUGAAGCUAGGCAGAUUUUACUAGAUUUGACUACCUAUGUAAAAACUCAAUUCUCUGCUAAAAUAAGAAUCAUACGAACUGAUAAUGGUCAGGAAUUCAAUAUUCCUUAUUUUUAUUCAUCUCAUGGCAUAAGUCACCAACAAACAUGUGUAGCUUCCUCUCAACAGAAUGGUCGUGUUGAGAGGAACCAUCAACACAUCAUAGUUGUGGCUAGAACCUUGCUAUUUCAAGCUUCUCUUCCAAUAGUUUUUUGGGGUUUUGUUGUGUUGCAUUUAGUCUACUUAAUCAAUCGUUUCCCUUCUCCUCUUUUACAAAACAAAUCUCCUUAUGAGAUUUUAUUCAAAAACAAACCAGUCUAUAAAACUCUUAUUUGGUUGUUUGGUUUAUGCUACCACCCUCCAACACAACCGACCUAAGUUUGCACCACGAGCUGAUCCGUCAGUUUUCUUAGGGUUUCAUCAUUCUAUUAAAGGCCAUACAUUGUAUAUUCUUAUCUCCCAUGACAUUUUCUUCUCUAGGGAUACUGUUUUUUUAUGAAAACGUAUUUCCUUUACACGGUUCUUUUCAACAACCUGGUUUUGAAUUCUGUUUUCCUAAUAUUCUAGUUCCUAAUACAUUAACUCAUACUAUUCACCCUUCCACAUUUGCUGAAAAUACUUCCUCAUCACCUUCACUUCCUCCAGAACAACCCUUAGAUCUUAUUAAUCGUAUAUAGACCAAUGAACCUCCAGCUUAUGCUCGUCCUAUUAGGACUAAGUUUAAACCAAAACGACUUAAUGACUUUGUCCGUGUAGCAGAAUCUGCUUCUGUAGCAUUCCCUUUAGCAGAUGUUAUUACUUAUGACAAUCUUAGUUCUGAGUACAAAAACCUUAUCCUUGCUGCUUCUAUGUUAAUUGAGCCUAGAACCUACAAAGAAGCAAUAAAAGAUCCUAAAUGGGUUGAUGCUUGUAAUUCUGAAUUAGCAUCUCUUGAUAAAACUAAAGCUUGAACAAUUGUGGAACUUCCUCUUAACAAAAUUCCUAUUGGAAA